AUGGAUGAUGUUUCAGAAGAUACAACUUACAAGCAACAGGAGGAUUUGCCUUACGACGGGAGCCUCUCUCAAAGUAAGAUAUGCAGUGAUGAUGAUUUUGCCUCAAAAAUUGACAUCCUUGAUAGCUCAAGUCAAAUCAUUUUAACAGAAAAUGACUCUCAAGAGAAGGUUACAGCUCGUGAGAUCUGCAGAAAUGCAGCAAAGGCCAUGCCUCCGGGUAAAAUUACUGAAAAUCUUGUCAACAAAAAAUAUGAUAAAGGGAAGCAGUUCCCUGGAACCCCCCAUAUUCCAGCUAACACAGGAGACACUCCAAAGUCAAACACGUCUGACAUUUCACUCCAACAUCUUUCCAAAGAGCAAUUCUUAAAAAGUCAAAGCACUGACUAUGAAACUCCCCCACAGAUCUCAAAUACUGACAGUUUUGAAGAAGCAGCUAUUAUUAACAAUAUUACUUCAGGUUAUAAGACGAAUGCUUGGCCAAAAGAACAAACCUCAGAACUCACUGACCAAGUGAACCCCCUAAAGGAUGGUGAAAAUAGCGAGCCCAGUUGUUCUCUAAACACAACGGAAGAAAAUACCUCUGACACAAAAGCGCUAGCAGCUACUGAAGCUAGCAGUCCUCAAGAAUAUUCAAAUUUUGUAACCGAAGUCAAGGGUCCAAGUGAUAAACAAAAAUGUUAUCAAGGGCAGUGGCCCCAGAAACAGCACUCUGACAGAGCAAGUUCAAGCACCAGGUUCAAAUGCGGCCGAGGUCCUGUUCAUCACCAGCUCUCUGAUUUCUCUAAGGCUGCUCCCAAAGUGAAAAUUCCUAAAAAUAAUGUGAUUAAUAAGCCAUUUACAACAGCUAAACAAGCCAACUUUUCUCCUAAAUUGAGAAGUCAGUCAGCUAUGGUGCAAAAUAUUUUAGAAAACACACCUAGGUCCAAUUGUGUUGAAAAACAUCAUCAAGAGAAAGGGAAAAUUACUGAAGCUGUGCAACAAAUGCAGAAGGAGCCUACAGAACAUAUCCACCAAGAACUGCUCACAGGAAUAGAAUCUGAGACAAGCCUCUCUAUGGUGUCAUCGACUUCCCAGAAAGACCCUUCCUCAAGCUCUCCUAAUAUAUUUCAGAAGAUAUACCAAGGAAAACAGAUGUGCCAGAAGUUAAAUGAACAGACUGACCAACUGAAGACUAAAGUACAAGAAUUUUCACAAAGAAUAAAAAAGGACUCUCUCUGUCAUUUGCAAGACAAGAGGAUGGUCCUGGAGAACUUGCGGGGACAUCUCGAACCGCUGGAGCAGAAGUUUCUGGCCACCAAGUACAAACACCAGACUUUGCAACAGCAUACCCAUAAGCACGAGUCUGCAACCAUUGGGGACUAUGAUCCAGAAAGGAAGCAAAGGAUGGAUAAAAAAGGCCAUGGAAGGAUGGACCUUGGCGGGUUUUCAGCUGUCAUUCCAGAAAAGGCAGUGUGCUCAGAUCCAACUCUCAGUUCCAAUAUAGGACACAGCUCCUGUUCUGCUCCUGGCAUUGGAUGGCAGAGUAGCAAAUGUGAGGAUUGCCGUGUUGAGAUUCCCAACUCCAGAAUCUGUAGUAAAGAUCCGCUUAAAGAAUUUUGUUAUAGAUACAACACUCCAGGACAGAAUUACUUUAAUCACAACGAGAAUGGUGCCUUUGUCCAGCCCCGCUCUUUACGUGAAAGUAAAACUUCUUCACUCUCUCAUUCAAAAUCAAAAUGGAUCUAUUCCCAAAGAAUGAAUUCAAAAUCUCAAGGUGAACAUGAGCCCACACCAGGAAAAAAAAAUCUUCAGCCUUUGGUGACUCACAGCCCUGACUCUGCAACACCCUCAACCCAUUUCCUCUCCUGCAGGAUCUCUGGAAGCAAAUCCUCAUGUGACUUUGAUAGCAUCGAAGAAACAAAAUCUCAGGGUUUACACUCGGCUUUGGACCAUGCCCUAAAGACAGCAACCAUUUUGAAGGAAACUACUGAUCAAAUGAUUAAAACCAUUGCAGAUGAUCUUGCCAAAGCACAGAGAUGGAAAAAUCGACUGAAACACUAG